AUGAGCAAUCCGGGCAAUUCUUCAACCAUUCGCGAUUUGGUGACUCCGAAAAAUUGGGAUUUUGAUAACUUUAACAGCAAUUGUAAGUUUUUUUCCAAAUGUUAUGUAUAGUUCGAUUGAAAAAUUUUAUAAUUUCAGUAAAUACUCCAACCCAACCUCCUUUAUGUAAUUGUGUAGCUGAAGCAAUUCGGCGUGUUGCCAUUCUUCGAAAAUUAACAUCACAAGAAGGUAUUUCAAAUGUUUUCCUGUUUUCUAAAAUUAAUUAAAAUCUAGAAUUUUUUCAGAAGGCGAUUAUACACUUGUAAAUAAUAAUGAAGUCAAAUGGGCCAAAAUUUUUAUGGAAUUUGUUCUUGGCACGGCGUAUUGUCAAAGCACAAAAUGUCAAGGUAAGCAACAUUUUGUGAAAAUUAUGAAAAAAAAAAGAAAUCAAAAAUGUUUUUUCAGCUCACUCGGAUGAUAUGAUUUGGUAUGUUCAUCAAAACAGGCUUUCAUCUUCUUUCUAUAUGCAAGGGGUACGUUUUUUAAAUAUUAAAAAUGAUCCAAUAGUUUCAAAAUUCUCGUUGCUAUUUCAUUUUUUAUUUUCAGAACCAAAGUCUCUUGCAAGUCUUCCGAAGACAUAGCAAAAAUCAACCAGCACCUUGUGAUGAAAAUUACAAUUGGGAAGAAACUGUGUGCCUUAACAUCAUCAUGCAACAAUUGGAUUUUUAUGUAACCUGUGCGGUUUGCACAAAAACAGGUCCACAAAAUUUGCAAAUUAUCCGCAAAAAUUGUCAAAAAGUAUUUCCAUCGCCAAGUCGACGACGAAUGGAUUCGAAAGGCGAAAAUGAGGAAAUCACAUUUCCGAAGUUGUAUUUUGCUAUUGAUGGUUUUGAAGAGGUUAGUUUCAUCAUCAGUAGUUUUUUUAAAAAAUGUGAAGUAUUCCAGGUUUUCAACGAUGUCAUCAUUCGGGAUGGUGAAUGUGUUUGCGUCGAACUCGUCGCAAAAGAUCGUCAAAAAACUCGUGAAGCUGUCGUUUUUCUUGGGUCUAUCAGAUACGAAAUAUUGAAACAGGUUUAUGAUACAAAGGCAUCUUCAACAUGGCAUUGGGCUCAAAAAUUGAUGAAAUCGGGUGAAAGACGACAAGAAUUUGUUCGAAUGAGAGGACCACAAGGAAAAGGAUAUGCUGAAAUGGCUGUUGCGCGAGUUCCAAAUUGUGGAUAUGAGACUCCGCUCACUGAAAAUCCCAUUGAUUUCUCUGAUUUGGCCGGCGUUGAGAACAGUCUAGGAAAGCGUAGAAUGUCGGAGACAAAUCUUGCUGGUGGAACACGAAUGUUUCCAUCAAGAUCUGUUGCAACACCAUCACAUUCUUCAAAAGGUCGAAGAUGGCAAAGUGAAGCUGAUACAGUUAAUCAAUAUCCCGAAGUUGAAGGAAGCAAUUUAGAUGACGGUUUGUUUUUGUUUUCAUUUUCAUACUGAUAUUCUAUUUUUAUCUUUUGUUUCUAUCUUCAUAUGGUUUCAACACGUACUUUUAUUUUUCAAAGAUCAUUACUACAUAGCUUAUCAUCAUUUUUUUUUGAUAUUACAACAAAACUGUUCUUUUGAUUCAGAACUGGACGAAGGCCCAACAAAUAAAUUAUGGUCAAUGAGAGGUUUCGCGCAAGUUUGGCACGGUUUGCGAGAGAAAAAACGAGCUGAAUCCACUCCUCUCAAUGCCUUUUUGACAUAUGUGACUCUGCCAUGGAAUAGUAUUCUGAACGGUAUUUUUUAAACAAAUUAUCAUAUUAUCAGAAUUAAAGAGUUUUUUUUUAGAUCUUCUCAGUGAUCGUCCAAAACGACCAAUUCUGACAUUCGAAUUUGAUGCACCAAUUCAUGAUCCGCCAACGCAUUGA